GCUUUCGAUCUCCUGGCUGGAUCAGCUGCAUUUUGUAGUUUGGAAGAGAAUAAUUCAAACGAUCAAGUAAGCAUCGAAGGGACCUUGGAUAUCUUUGGAGUUUAGUAUUGUGACUACCAAGUAUCUGUGUUUCUGUCGGGCAGAAGUGGCUGUACUGUUGCGUAAUUUCGAAGAAGAUACUCGAUUGAGCAAUUCAUGAAGAUAUCUCCGAUAUUACCAAGCCAGAACAUAGGUGUUGACUUCCAUCAGGUUCAGUGUUUGGGUCACACCUGAGCACGUUCACUGGAGAAUGAGCAAACCCCCUGCCAAAAGAUUAUACCGGCAGACAAGUAUCUUGAGCUCAUAUCGACCAGUGCGCCAAGCUAGUGGCGAUUGUUCACCUGUGGAUACAGGCUGCCACUCUGGCAAACCUGAACUCAGCUCUGCACAUGCAAAUCGUAUGGAUGAAGGUGUAGCAGCAUCAGCAGCAUCUGCUGCCAGUGUCGGUGAUGUGCGUGAUGCGCCUGAAGCUCCAAGGUCCGUGAAUAGAGACUGUGCUGGUCGCAGUGAUCACACUGAGGACCAGGUAGCACAUGGAGGUGAAGAUAAAUGUGCGCAGCCAUCGCCCGAGGACGACUCUGAAAGCACGUUACCCAUACCCAUUGACUUUGAUAGUGAUGAUGCACCAUCAUCCUGCUCACCGUCGCUGGCUGCUAAGCCGGCAACAGUACGACCGUGUGAGAAUUCCAGUAAACUGCGGACAUCACCGCCAUUUGAAAUUGAUCUUGGAGAUAUCAGAGAUGUGAAAAACGUCACUGCACUCUUUAAUGUGAAUGAUAUCAAAUCUGGUGAAAAGCGUCCUCCGCGGCCUUGGCCGACAGAUUAUCGAGAUUACUGGGACAACAAUCACGUUCGUCUGCCAUGUUCACCCAAAAACCUGAUGCUCGUAGGCAAGGGAGACAAUCGCAGUGAAACAUCACGCUGGAAGGUCAUUGAGGAUGCCCUGUCCAGACCACUGCAGAACAGUUGGGAUAUCGAGGAGGCCAUUUUGUCGUACAACGCACGCUACACCCAGCGAUGGAACUUUGAUGGCCUGCACCAGUUCUUCGAUCCGGCCGGUGACAAGGGAGGAGCAGAUCGCGCAGAACGAGCACUUUACUUGCAGACAACUAUCCCUGCCAUAGCACGGCUAGUACUGAACCUACCGCACUUGAUUCCGGGUGGUAUCCCGCUCCUGAAAAAGUCUCAGCAACGCACACUAUUCCUGAGUCAACUGCAGGUUGCCAGCCUACUCGCCUGUGCCUUCUUUUGUACAUUCCCGCACCGCAACUCGACGGGCUCGAACAGCGAGUAUGCUUCAUUUCCCAGCAUCAACUUCAGUAGUCUGUUCCAGGGAGAUAGAGGCAGGCGCUCGAUGAGUCCAAGUCGUGCUGCAAAGCUGCGCUGCAUCCUGCACUACUUCCAGUGUGUGACCAGUAAUCCACCUGCCGGCGUGAUCAGCUUCGAGCGGCGAUUUCUCGCAGGUGCUCCACAGUGGACAUCUUCAAUGUUUACGCUCAGUGAUCUGUUUGUGGCGGAUGAUGGCACAAUAGAGGAUGAUGGUCAUGGCAUGCUGCAGGCUGACUUUGCCAACAAGUUCAUUGGCGGUGGUGUGUUGGGCCGAGGCUGUGUUCAGGAGGAGAUCCGGUUCAUGGUCUGCCCAGAGCUGAUCGUGUCGCGACUCUUCAUGGAGAUGAUGCUGGAGAAGGAGAGUAUUGUCAUAGUCGGCGCUGAGCGCUUCUCGUUCUACUCGGGCUAUGCUAGCUCGUUCCUCUGGACCGGACCAUACUCGGAUACAACACCAUUUGACAAGUGGCGCCGUCGAAACACCACCGUUCUGGCCUUGGAUGCGCUGGUCUUUCAUAACAAGGCCGCCCAGUUCAAGAAGCCGGCUCUGACCAGGGAGCUCGUCAAGGCCUACUGUGCCUUCAAGAGAUCAACUGGUGUGCCACGUGACUAUCAAGUAGCUGUUGCAACCGGCAACUGGGGUUGUGGUGCAUUCGGUGGCGAGCCUUACUUGAAAGCGUUGCUGCAGCUCAUUGCUACGUCGGCGGCCAGUCGUCAGCUUCUCUACUUCACGUUUGGCAACAGCAAGCUGUCUACAGACUUGCUGGAGCUGCACCGGGCCCUGCGUGCUAACAACACCACGGUGGCAGCGCUCUGGCAGGGAAUAUUGACAUACAGCCAGAUAUACCCAGCACCAGCUGGUGGUCGUCAUCUGUACUCGUUCCUUCAUCGUAGGUUGUGCUGUGAUGAAAGCGGCGAGUCGGAGGGCACAGAGCCACUGUCCUCGGAAGGUACCGAUGUUGCCUACUCCGAGGCUACUGAACUCCCAUGCUCUGAGGAAUGUGUUGUGCCAUGUUCCGAUGAGGCUGAACUUCCCUUGUCGGAGGACACAGCAGAAGCAGCAGCAGCGUGCUUGGAUGAUUCAGCACCGCUGUUCUCGGAUCCUGGCGAGGAUAUGGGAUCCCCUGCUCCUUCUUCUCCUCACCUUCUAGCCGGAGUUACACGGUCAGAGGAUGUCAGCAGGCGCACUCAGACGUCAGGUGAUGAGCCUGGUACCGUGACGACUAGUGGUGAAUGACGCACACCCGUAGUAAUUUCUGACUGCACCAUGGUGGCAAGCCCUCUGGUUGCACACCACAACCUUACUCCUAGAUUGGGGAGUGCUGUCAUCAACCGCAAUGCCAUUGCACAAGAUUAUAUUGACACCGCUUGCACUGAUUCAAACGUGUUCCACUGAUGAAUGCCCCGAUGAUAAUUUCACACGAAUUCACAUAGUGGUGCAUGCAACUCAAACCACUGCCGUCCAUCGAAUGGCUCUGGCCAUUGUGCUCACCUACCCUCCUUCCGUUUUCGAGUACAUGUAGCUACCUUGCCACUCUCUGAGGUGUACUAAAGUACAAGCUGUAGGAGGUCCGCUCUCUCCCUAGGGAUUCAUAUACUACUUUAUACAUAUGUCAAAGAAUCAGAAUGCUACUCUGGGUUUUUAUGAGAUUUCCAGCCCAUCAUGACGGCACACAUCUUUUUUUGGUUUUACUCAACUUCUCUUAGGUGGACCUCUGUCCUUGUUUUAUCAUGUCAUGAAACACAUGUCUUUCAUGGUAAUUGACAGCUCACCUGACAGACACAGAUAUACUCUGAAUUGUUUUAGUAACUUUUUACCUGGCAUCUUAUUUUUACAAUUGCUUUAUCCUUGAUGUCUGUGACAAUUGUUUUUCAAGACUUUUAGUUGAACUCACGUAUUGCGGUAUAUCUACUGGUACUCUAGUGCUGUCUGAUCAUUGUA